AUGGGUAGUGUCCUGGCUCUUGACAGCUUCAAGAAGGAUUUUGGCCUACCUAUAGGAUCAUCAGGUUUUGCCGACGCCAAAAACACGUCGGUUUCGUCCAAUGUGGUGUCCCUGCUGACAGCGGGCUGUUUCUUCGGCUCAAUCUUCGCCGCUUUUCUCAACGAUCGCAUUGGCCGUCGAUACUCGCUGAUGAUCUUUUGCAUGAUCUUCCUAGUUGGCGCUGCCAUUCAAGUUGGCGCCCACCACGAGAUUGGGAUGAUUUACGGCGGACGUGUGGUUGCCGGUCUGGGAAUCGGCGGCAUGUCCAGCAUCACCCCGGUUUUCGUCAGCGAGAACUGUCCCCCAAAGACUCGUGGUCGCGUGGCUGGUCUAUUCCAGGAGUUUUUGGUUAUUGGCAGCACCUUCGCCUACUGGUUGGACUAUGGCGUGUCGCUGCAUAUCCCUGAAGGAACGAGCCAGUGGCGCAUUCCCGUCGCCAUCCAACUGAUCCCCGGUGGCCUGAUGUUUAUUGGUCUUUUCUUCCUGAAGGAGUCUCCGCGUUGGCUGAUGAAGCAGGGCCGUCAUGAGGAGGCCUUGGAUUCGCUUGCCUACAUCCGCAAUGAGUCCCAGGACAGUGAGCCAGUCCGCAAGGAGAUUGCGGAGAUCAAUGCUGCUAUUCAAGAAGAGCUGGCCGCCACGGAGGGUGUCACCUGGAAAGAAUGCCUACAGAAGAGCAACCGAUACCGCUUCUUCUUGGCUUUUGUUCUUAUGUUCUGGCAACAGUUCUCAGGCACCAACUCUAUUGGAUACUAUGCGCCUGAGAUUUUCCAGACGACUUCGUCUUCCCUGUUUGCUACUGGCAUCUACGGAACUGUCAAGGUGAUCGCGACUGGAAUUUUCCUGUUGGUUGGCAUUGACCGCUGGGGACGAAAGAAGAGCUUGAUCGGUGGUGCGGCCUGGAUGUCCGUUAUGAUGUUCAUCAUCGGCGCCGUUCUGGCUACUCAUCCUCCUAAUCUAAAAUCCAAGACUGUUUCGCCGGCGUCGAUUGGUAUGGUGGUAAUGAUCUACCUGUAUGUGAUAGGGUACUCGGCCUCUUGGGGCCCGACUCCGUGGGUGUAUCUGGGCGAGAUCUUCCCAACCCGUCUCCGCUCUUAUGGUGUCGGUCUCGGUGCCGCCACACAAUGGUUGUUCAACUUUGUUAUCACCGAGGUCACUCCUCAUGCUAUCAACAGUAUUGGCUGGAAGGUAUGUUCUUUGAGAUCAAGGCAAUUGUGA